UGAAAAAGCAAAAACAAAAACAAAAACGUUAUAUAAAUAUAUAUCAUCCUCCAAAGCUUAAUUAUUAACUGAAAAUACAAAUCAAAACACACAUAAACAUCUGAAUCCUCUCUCUCUCUCUCUCUCCCGAAACCUGAGCAUGGAUUCAUCAUCAUCAGCGACGUUUCUCACCACCUCAAGCUUAGACCUGAGAAAACCAUCUCCUCUCUCAAGAAAAUCAUCACCAAAGCAUAAGAAGAAGACGAACAACAACAAACCCAUCAAAGUCCGUUACAUCUCGAACCCCAUGAGAGUCGAAACUUGUGCUUCCAAGUUCAGAGAGCUCGUUCAAGAACUCACCGGACAAGACGCCGUCGAUCUUGAUCAACCGGAUUCCAUCUACUACUCCCCAACCUCCUCCGCUGACCAGAACCCUUCUCCCCCACCGUGCGCUGUCUCUACCCCGGAGGAUGUUGCGCCACGUCUUCAGGAGCCGUUCGAUGGUAGUGGAGUCGGUGAUUGUUACGAGCCCUUGGUUGGGGAAGAGAUGUUCUUGCCUCAGAUGUCGGCAGGUUUUUCAGGGUUUUUCUCGAAUGCUUUUUACAAUGUCAAUGACUUUGGAAGCAUCGAUUCUAUUUGAUGAAAUCUUACCGAUUUUUUUUCUUU